AUGGAAAUCACAACGUUUUCUCAGUUUAUGUCCAGUUUCGAAACGUUAUUGGUAAAGGCACUGCCUACCGUUAUUGGAAUGGAAUUGAGUAUUCUUACAACGUUAGUGAAUAUGUAUUUCAUCAUAGGAAGAGACAACGUGAUUGGGAUAGGCUUUGGGACAAUAUAUGUGAAUUUAUUAGUGAAAGGACUGUUGCUUUGUAUGAAUUCUAGCAUCACUACAAUUAUGACUAGAUAGUUUAAAUAGCAUCAAUAUGUGAAGAUUGGGAUCUCAUACUAAAGAUCUUUAUUAUUGAAUGGGGUUUUUCUGAUCGUGAUAACUCCUGCUAUAGCUGGUUCAACAUAUAUCCUUUCCUAAUUCAAUAUUCCAAUAAUUGUAGCAUAGAAAGCUAUUCAAUACGUAUGGGAAAUGCUACCUGCAUUGUAUGCAUUCACUUAUUUUGAUUGCACCAAGAAUUAUUUGAAGUCAAUGGGCAUUGAUUAUCCAGUAUUAGUAAUACACACAUUUACUACAAUCUUGCAUAUUUAUUUGUCUAAAUAAUUCAUAGUAUAUAUGGAUCUUGGCAUAAGAGGAGCAGCAUGGUGUAAGAAUUUUUCAAGUUGUACAUCUACUCUGCUUUUGUAUAUUUAUAUCUUUAAAUAUUAAAAAAAUCAUCCUGCAUGGAUUGAAUGGGACAGAAGAACUUUAAAAUCAAUUUUUCAAUUUUCAUAUGGAUUAUUGCAUUCCUCCUUCAAAAACUAUCUAUAAAAUGUGUCGUUCGAAAUAAUGGGGUUUGUCGCAUUGUGGCUAACCUAUGAAGAAUUCUCGGUUUGUGUGUGUCUCAUAUUCACAGCUUAAGCAUUGUACAUGUUUUUUUUGGGUGUAGCAAUGACAGCUGCUUCUAGAAUAAGGAGACUGUUCAAAGAUCAGGAAUAUGAAAAGGGAAGAAAACAUGUCUGGCAUUACUUAGCAACAAGUUUUAUGACUGGAAUAUUGUUGAGUUUCCUAUUGGUAGUAUUUAAGAAAUAAUGGAUUGCUCUCUUUUAUAUGGAUAAUGAAACAUCUCUUAUAUUGUCUAACAACUUAAAAUUAUUCUUGCCUACACUUACAAUCGGUGGGAUGUAAAUUAUGCUUGCUAAUCUUUUGGGUGCUCUGGGUGAAGUAACAUUUACUAUCAAUGUUCAAUUGUUAUGCUAAUAUGCUAUAGGAAUAGGUACAGGAAUAUAUUGGGGAUAUUAUCAUGGUUAUGGAUUAAAGGGAUUAUGGUUUGGAUGGGCAUGUGGAUUGUCAGUGAGUGCUUUAGUCUUAUUCUUGAGAUUGAUUAUGCUGAAUUGGGAGAAGAGUGCUACUUAGAUGUUCAUUGAAGUUAAAGAAGAGACAAAUUAACUAAAAUAAUCAAUAAAUUGA